UUUAGUCUAUAUAAGUGAGAAAAAAUAGUCCAAUCCGUACUAAGUUAUUCAAUCCAAGUCCUUCUCUCCUUCUUCAAUGGCUUCCCUCAUCACCUUCCUCAAACGAACCUCUUUUUCUUCUUCAUCUUCAUUAUCAUAUUCAUAUGCUAUUGCAUGCCACCACCCCGUGAUGUUUAGGAGACUGUUCACAACUACAACACCAACAACCACCGUUCAUUCUCUUUCUUUUGCUCAGAGAAUCAGAGAUUUACCAAAAGAUCUUCCUGGAACAAACAUCAAAAAACACGUUUCCCAUCUCAUUGGGAGGACUCCACUUGUUUAUCUUAACAAAGUCACUGAAGGAUGUGGAGCUUAUAUUGCUGUUAAGCAAGAGAUGAUGCAGCCUACAGCAAGCAUCAAAGACAGACCUGCGCUUGCUAUGAUGGAAGAUGCUGAGAAAAAGAAUCUGAUAUCUCCUGGAAAGACAAUUCUGAUAGAGCCAACAUCAGGCAACAUGGGUAUUAGCAUGGCGUUUAUAGCUGCCAUGAAGGGAUAUAAGAUGGUUUUGACCAUGCCUUCUUACACAAGCUUGGAAAGAAGGGUGACAAUGAGAGCAUUUGGAGCUGAAUUGAUCCUCACUGAUCCAACCAAAGGAAUGGGAGGAACAGUUAAGAAGGCUUAUGACCUUUUGGAAUCUACUCCAAACGCUUUCAUGCUACAACAAUUUUCUAACCCGGCCAAUACACAGGUGCAUUUUGAAACAACAGGUCCUGAAAUAUGGGAGGAUACAAAUGGACAAGUUGACAUAUUUGUUAUGGGAAUAGGUAGUGGAGGCACGGUUUCCGGGGUUGGACAAUAUCUUAAAUCCAAAAACCCUAACGUUAAGAUAUAUGGAGUGGAGCCAUCUGAAAGUAAUGUGCUGAAUGGCGGUAAACCUGGCCCUCAUCAUAUAACCGGUAAUGGAGUUGGAUUCAAACCAGACAUAUUGGACAUGGAUGUAAUGGACAAAGUUCUUGAAGUUAGUAGUGAAGAUGCAGUUAACAUGGCUAGGAUAUUGGCCUUAAAAGAAGGACUCAUGGUUGGCAUAUCAUCCGGAGCUAACACGGUUGCAGCACUCAAUUUGGCUAGUCUUCCUGAAAACAAAGGCAAACUUAUUGUGACUAUUCAUCCAAGUUUCGGUGAACGAUACCUGUCAUCUGUCUUGUUCCAAGAUCUUCGGACAGAAGCGGAAAACAUGCAGCCAGUGUCGGUCGAUUAAUCCACGAGUUCUGAUUCAACUAGAAAACUUUGUUGUGAGUUACAUGGAUCAACUUGGUUGUUGAUGUUGUAGCAAAAAAAAUUAAUUAUCAGCAUACAAUUCUGCCAUAGCAAAAAUGUCAGCCAAAGAUAUGUUUUUUACACAUCUUAUAAUUAUCUUGUCUUAUUGCUUUGUAAUUUUUUGUUUGGUUUUAAAUUGGAAGAAAGUAUAUAAUUUUUAAGUUACAAAAUUAUCGUUUGAAAAUUAAAUACUGAAAUUGUAAUAUGAUGUAAAUGUAAAUUGCCUUCUUUUGGCACAUGAUAUGUGUACUCAAUUUCUUCUUUAAAGCAUACCAAUCCAAGUGGUAUACAUUGUCAAAUUUA